CGAGAGAUAUGCGGAUCUGUUCAUCUGCAGGGGGCUGACGGGGAAGAAGAGGCAUGGGAUCUGGAUCAGGAGCCGUGCUGGUGCUUGUGGCAGCAUGUCUAGCGAUUGCCCCGCCCUGCGCUCUGGCUUCUUCUCGCAAGUUUGGUCUGGAUAUUGCGCAACCAAAUUGCUGAACUCCACAAAAGGUUCAUUUACUCCAAGCUCACAUGUUGAUUUUGACACUUCAAAAUCAAAGUGACUCUCGUGGCACUCCUUUGAUUUUCCUCUGUACUAUCAGUUAAGCGUUUGUUACCAUGAAUUUGUUGUGCAUUUUCUAUAAUAAUAAAAUUGUGUGUCGCAUGAAAGAUCUUCUGUACUUAUAGUUGCGUAUGUACUCAGAUGCUCAUUUCUUUUUAUGUGGACAAAUCCCAAGUUUCUUACCUUAAUUUAGGGUCUUCUUGUAUGAAGGUUUUCUCUCUCACAUGGAGUGUGACCACUCAGUCCUUGCAUUCAGGUUAUUUAUAAAAAAGGGCUUGCAUCAUGUUAUUGAAGGUCAUGUUUUCAUUCUUUCAGCCACGUGGUAAGAUAGGGUCAUACCAUAACAAUAUUGAUGCAGGCCUCCUAUUUCGCCUGGCUGAUAGCAAGGACAUAGUUGUUUCGGAGAUUGAAGAUAGGAUAUCAUUAUGGAGUUUUAUUCCAAAAGAGCAUGGGGAGAGCAUGCAGAUUUUGAAGUAUGGAGCAAACAAAAGUGACCCUAAAAAUGAAGAAACUCAAUUGAGCAGUGGUGCCAAUAGGCUUGUGACCAUUUUGAUGUACCUUUCUGAUAUCAAGCAAGGUGGUGAAACUGUUUUCCCGAGAUCCGAGGAUACUCAAGCCAAGGAAGGGACACCUUCCGAUUGUGCUGGUUACGCAGUUAAACCUGUCAAGGGCAACGCGAUUCUGCUGUUCAAUUCAAGGCCUGACGGAAUCGCCGACAAGGACAGCCAGUAUGAGGCCUGUUCUGUCCUUGAAGGGGAGAAAUGGCUCGCCAUAAAACAUAUGCAUGCCAGCAAGAUUGAUAAAUCAAAACCUUCGCCGGCAUCCGAGGAUGAUGGUUGCACCAUGAAGAUGGUAACUGUGUCAGUUGGGCCGCUGCCGGCGAAUGCAACAAGAAUCCAGUGUUUAUGAUUGGAAGUCCAGACUACUAUGGCACUGGCAGGAAGAGCUGCCAUGCGUGCUAGAUGUUUUUUUUUGUUUUCGUGCAUUGCCCUUAGGGAUGUCUCUUGGCAUUUUCGUUGUUUAAUACAGGCAUUGGUGUUGUAAGUGGAGAAUGAUUCAGCAAAUUGUGCACUUCCCACAGAUAACCUUUACUGUUGUCAGGAAAUGUAGUACAUAGGUAUUGGAUUGGCUGCUCUUAUAAAGUUAUGGAAAUUAAUUCUGACCUCA